CGGGAUGUUUUCUCUGCUGACCAACCUCCACCGCCAUUGCAGGUCCAGGGAGUCGGUGUAGUGGCAGUCAGUCGUUAGCCAGGGGAAGCCCGCAAGUAAACAGUUUAGGGACGAAUAAAAAAAAGUACCAUCACACCGACAGUGCGUUUAACUCAAGGCUUAGAAUUAAUUGAUUUAGACUUUAGAAUAGAGGCUCCCUGGCUGUCCGGCUAGGAUCUGAGAGAAGAAGCCUUAGUUUGUUAGCAUUAGUAGAAACCGGAGGAGAGUGAGAGAGGAACCGCCAUGGCUCAGAUCCUGCCUAUUCGCUUUCAGGAGCACCUGCAGCUCCAAAACUUAGGGAUCAAUCCAGCUAACAUAGGCUUCAGCACUCUAACCAUGGAGUCGGAUAAGUUCAUCUGCAUCCGGGAGAAGGUGGGCGAUCAGACUCAGGUGGUGAUCAUUGACAUGGCGGACCCAAAUACACCUAUCCGCAGGCCCAUCUCAGCCGACAGCGCCAUCAUGAAUCCAGCCAGCAAAGUCAUUGCACUUAAAGACGCCGCCAAAACCCUUCAGAUCUUCAACAUCGAAAUGAAGAGCAAGAUGAAGGCACACACCAUGACGGACGAUGUCACCUUCUGGAAGUGGAUCUCUCUUAACACAGUUGCACUCGUGACUGACAAUGCUGUCUACCACUGGAGCAUGGAGGGUGACUCACAGCCUGUGAAAGUCUUUGACCGCCACUCCAGCCUGGCAGGUUGCCAGAUCAUCAACUACCGCACUGACGCCAAGCAGAAAUGGCUCCUGCUCAUCGGCAUCUCAGCCCAGCAAAAUCGGGUGGUAGGAGCCAUGCAGCUCUACUCUGUUGACAGAAAAGUCUCUCAGCCCAUUGAAGGGCAUGCUGCCAGCUUUGCCCAGUUCAAGAUGGAGGGAAAUACAGAGGAGUCCACUUUGUUCUGCUUCGCGGUCAGAGGCCAGGCAGGAGGAAAGUUGCACAUCAUUGAAGUGGGGACCCCACCAGCUGGCAACCAGCCAUUUCCAAAGAAAGCAGUGGAUGUGUUCUUCCCUCCAGAAGCCCAGAAUGACUUCCCUGUGGCCAUGCAGAUAAGCUCCAAGCAAGAUGUGGUUUUCCUUAUUACCAAAUACGGCUACAUUCACUUGUAUGACUUGGAGACAGGCACCUGCAUCUACAUGAACCGCAUCAGUGGGGAGACCAUCUUUGUUACUGCUCCACAUGAGGCCACCUCAGGCAUCAUUGGGGUCAACAGGAAGGGACAGGUUCUUUCAGUCUGUGUGGAAGAAGAAAACAUCAUCCCCUACAUCACUAACGUGCUCCAGAAUCCAGACCUGGCUCUGCGCUUAGCUGUCCGCAACAACCUUGCUGGCGCAGAAGAGCUCUUUGCACGGAAGUUCAACAACCUGUUUGCUGCGGGUAACUACUCCGAGGCUGCCAAGGUUGCUGCCAAUGCACCCAAGGGUAUUCUGCGAACCCCAGACACCAUCCGUCGUUUCCAGGGCGUUCCAACUCAGCCAGGCCAGACCUCCCCCUUGCUGCAGUACUUUGGCAUCCUGUUGGAUCAGGGCCAGCUCAACAAGUUUGAGUCCCUGGAGCUUUGCAGGCCUGUUCUCCAGCAGGGACGAAAGCAGCUUCUGGAGAAGUGGCUCAAGGAAGACAAGUUGGAAUGUUCAGAGGAACUGGGUGACCUGGUGAAGGCAGUGGAUCCCACCUUGGCUCUCAGUGUCUACCUGAGGGCCAACGUCCCCAAUAAAGUCAUCCAGUGCUUUGCAGAGACUGGUCAGUUCCCCAAGAUUGUCCUGUAUGCCAAGAAGGUGGGCUACACUCCAGACUGGAUCUUUCUGCUCAGGAAUGUGAUGCGGAUCAACCCUGAACAAGGCCUGCAGUUUGCUCAGAUGCUGGUCCAGGAUGAAGAGCCACUGGCAGACAUCACACAGAUCGUGGACGUAUUCAUGGAGUACAACCUGAUCCAGCAGUGCACCUCGUUCCUCCUGGACGCUCUGAAAAACAAUAGACCUUCAGAAGGACCACUGCAGACUCGCCUCCUGGAGAUGAACCUCAUGCACGCUCCACAGGUUGCUGAUGCUAUCCUGGGCAACCAGAUGUUCACCAACUACGACCGUGCCCACAUCGCCCAGCUUUGUGAGAAGGCUGGACUCCUGCAACGGGCACUUGAGCACUAUACAGACCUGUACGACAUCAAGCGUGCUGUGGUGCACACACACCUGCUCAACCCAGAGUGGCUGGUGAACUUCUUUGGCUCGCUGUCAGUGGAGGACUCUCUGGAGUGCCUCAGGGCCAUGCUGUCAGCCAAUAUCCGCCAGAACCUGCAGAUCUGUGUCCAGGUGGCUUCCAAGUACCAUGAACAGCUCACCACGCAGGCUCUCACUGAGCUCUUUGAGUCUUUCAAGAGCUUUGAAGGUCUGUUCUACUUCCUGGGCUCUAUCGUGAACUUCAGUCAGGACCCCGAGGUUCACUUCAAAUACAUCCAGGCUGCCUGCAAGACGGGCCAGAUCAAAGAGGUGGAGAGGAUCUGCAGAGAGAGCAACUGCUAUGACCCCGAGCGUGUCAAGAACUUCCUCAAGGAAGCCAAACUCACCGACCAGCUGCCACUGAUCAUCGUCUGUGACCGUUUUGACUUUGUCCAUGACCUGGUCCUCUACCUUUACCGCAACAACCUGCAGAAGUACAUUGAGAUCUAUGUCCAGAAGGUUAAUCCCAGCCGUCUGCCUGUUGUGGUCGGUGGUCUCUUAGACGUGGACUGCUCCGAAGAUGUCAUCAAGAGCCUGAUCCUAGUUGUCAGGGGACAGUUCUCCACUGAUGAACUGGUCGCUGAAGUGGAAAAGAGGAACAGACUGAAGCUGCUGCUGCCCUGGCUGGAGUCUCGCAUCCAUGAAGGCUGUGAGGAGCCUGCCACCCAUAAUGCUCUGGCCAAGAUCUACAUUGACAGCAACAACAACCCUGAACGCUUCCUGAGGGAAAACCCAUUCUAUGACAGCCGCGUGGUGGGAAAGUACUGCGAGAAGAGAGACCCGCACCUGGCCUGUGUGGCCUACGAGAGAGGACAGUGUGAUCAGGAACUCAUCAAUGUCUGCAACGAGAACUCCCUCUUCAAGAGCUUGUCACGCUACUUGGUCCGCCGCAAAGACCCUGACCUUUGGGCCAGUGUGCUGCUGGAGAGCAACCCCUUCAGACGACCACUCAUUGACCAGGUGGUACAGACAGCCCUGUCAGAAACCCAGGACCCAGAGGAGGUGUCAGUCACUGUCAAGGCCUUCAUGACAGCAGACUUGCCUAACGAGCUCAUUGAGCUGCUGGAGAAGAUUGUGUUGGACAACUCAGUUUUCAGUGAGCACAGAAAUCUGCAGAACCUGCUGAUCCUCACAGCGAUCAAAGCUGACCGUACUCGUGUUAUGGAGUACAUCAGCAGGCUAGACAACUAUGACGCUCCAGAUAUCGCCAACAUUGCCAUCAGCAACGAGCUCUUCGAGGAGGCUUUUGCCAUCUUCAAGAAGUUUGACGUCAACACCUCUGCUGUGCAGGUGCUGAUCGAACAUAUUGGCAACCUGGACCGGGCCUAUGAGUUUGCAGAACGCUGCAAUGAGCCGGCUGUGUGGAGCCAGCUGGCUAAGGCUCAGUUACAGAAGGACUUGGUUAAAGAGGCCAUCGACUCCUACAUCAAAGCUGAUGAUCCCUCUGCAUACAUGGAGGUGGUACAGGCUGCUGAUAAGAGCGGUAACUGGGAGGACUUGGUCAAAUUCCUUCAGAUGGCACGUAAGAAGGCCCGUGAGUCCUACGUGGAGACCGAGCUAAUCUUUGCCUUGGCCAAGACAAAUCGCCUGGCUGAACUGGAGGAGUUCAUCAACGGACCCAACAAUGCACACAUCCAACAGGUUGGUGACCGCUGCUACGAUGAGAAAAUGUACGAGGCUGCUAAACUGCUAUACAACAACGUCUCCAACUUCGGCCGUCUGGCUUCAACUCUGGUGCACCUCGGGGAGUACCAGGCCGCUGUCGAUGGCGCCCGCAAGGCCAACAGCACCCGCACCUGGAAAGAGGUGUGCUUCGCCUGCGUGGAUGGCAAGGAGUUCAGACUGGCCCAGAUGUGCGGCCUCCACAUCGUGGUGCAUGCUGACGAGCUUGAGGAGCUGAUCAACUACUACCAAGAUCGCGGCUACUUUGAGGAGCUGAUCACCAUGCUGGAGGCCGCCCUGGGCCUGGAACGCGCCCACAUGGGAAUGUUCACAGAGCUGGCCAUCCUUUACUCCAAGUUCAAGCCACAGAAGAUGAGGGAGCAUCUGGAGCUCUUCUGGUCCAGAGUUAACAUCCCAAAGGUCCUGAGAGCGGCGGAGCAGGCUCACCUGUGGGCCGAGCUGGUCUUCCUGUACGACAAGUACGAGGAGUUCGACAAUGCCAUCAUCACCAUGAUGAACCACCCGACAGAUGCCUGGAAGGAGGGGCAGUUCAAAGACAUCAUCACCAAGGUGGCUAAUGUGGAGCUGUACUACAAAGCCACCCAGUUCUAUUUGGAGUUCAAGCCCUUGUUACUGAAUGAUUUGCUCAUAGUGCUUUCCCCAAGACUGGACCACUCCCGCGCUGUCAACUUCUUCAGCAAGGUGAAACAGCUGCCUUUGGUCAAACCCUACCUGCGAUCAGUACAGAACCACAACAACAAAUCAGUCAAUGAAGCACUUAACAACCUCUUCAUCACAGAGGAGGAUUAUCAGGCACUGAGGACAUCAAUAGAUGCCUACGAUAACUUUGACAACAUCUCGCUGGCCCAGCGCUUGGAGAGGCACGAGCUGAUUGAGUUCAGGAGAAUCGCUGCUUACCUCUUCAAGGGCAACAACCGCUGGAAACAGAGUGUGGAGCUCUGUAAGAAGGACAAGCUCUAUAAGGAUGCCAUGCAGUAUGCGUCAGAGUCCAAGGACAUAGAGCUGGCAGAGGAGCUGCUGGCCUGGUUCCUGCAGGAGAACAAGAAGGAGUGUUUUGCCGCCUGCCUGUUCACCUGCUACGACCUGCUGCGACCUGACGUGGUGCUGGAGACCGCCUGGAGGCACAACAUCAUGGACUUUUCUAUGCCAUACUUCAUUCAGGUCAUGAGGGAGUACCUCAGCAAGGUAGAUAAACUAGAAACCUCAGAGUCUGUAAGGAAAGAAGAGGAGCAGGCAACGGAGACACAACCCAUCGUCUAUGGCACACCUCAGCUGAUGCUGACAGCAGGCCCCAGCGUACCUGUGGCCCCUCAGCAAGCAUACGGCUACGGCUACCAGGCGCCUGCAGGAUACAGUCAGCCAGCAGCUCAGCCAGGCUUCGGCUACGGCAUGUAAAGACCCCCGCCCCCUUCUCUCCACAUGCAGGCUGGAGCUACCAUCCAUCCAUCUCCCACAGUCCUUCACCAGACCAUUAUUGUCUCUGUCUGCCCUCUACAGGGAGCUGGGGAUAAUACAGAUAAUACAAACAUUUUUUUUUUUUUUUUUUUUUUUUACUUUUCUUCCCCUUUUAAAACUGUCAUGAAGGACUCAGUUUUAUUUUUGUUGUCAAAGAAAAAGAUUGCAUCACAAAGAUUAAUUUUCUCACAUUCCGUAUUGACUAGAUUAAUUUUUUCUUUUGUCUAUUUUAUUUGAAUGGGAAAUGGUUUAUGUACAAUGGGGGGCUUGUGGGAAGAGCUAGUCCUCUUCUCGAUUUAAAAAAAAAAAAAAAAAAAGGUCUGUCGUGAAGCAUCUGAUUUGCACUCUGUAGUGAGAAGAAUUAAUGUAGAACCUUUUUCCUUUUGAUGUGUGUGAGCAGCUUCUUCUGUCCGACUGUAAAAUGCAUUUAAUUAUUGUAUAUUCAGACACAAACAAAUGCUAAUAUGUUCUUCUAUAUUUGAACAUGAGACUGCCGCCUCCAUGACCACAAAUCCUGAAACACUACGUUGUACCAGUUGUGUCCCCCCCCACACACACACACACUUCAGGGCUGUUUCUUGAUGGAAACCCAAGAGAGUAUUUUACAUACGAUUUACAGGAAAGUUUGAUUCUUUCCAGCAAAGCCUAUGCAGGACUCUCCAGGCAAAUUUGCAUUCAGAUGACAUUUCCAUGUGCUUUAAAUAUUGCUCUAAUGUGGGACCAUUCCACCUCACGAGGGACUGCAGACCUGUUUGUGUUUGACUAACAUGCCCCAUGCCCCCUCUUUAUGCUGCGGUUUGUUUCUGUCGGCUUUCAUUCGAGUUCACUGUCACUGAGUGUGCAGGAGAGUAUUUUUUCAAACUUUCUUCUCCUCGUGUCCUGUCGAGGGUUGCCUUUAACCUUUUCAGUUGACCCGCUCAUCCAGCUCAGAAACGAUAUCACAGGACUUGUGGUAAUUUGAAGUUUUUAUCAAAGGCUUGCGUGUAUACAAGAAAUCAAUCAUUAACUCCUUUGAACUUAUAUUCUUAUCUAAAUUACCUUAGAUUUAAAUUGUGCACUUAAGAUACUUGAUUGUGCAUUAUCAGGAUCAUAAUGAAUGAAACAGCGGUUUUGUUUUCCACUUAAAAAAAAAUAAAGGCUUCUUGUUUGUCAAGAA